AUGGUUCAGGUCCGAGCCGUGGUGAUGGCCCGAGAUGACUCCAGUGGGGGCUGGCUGCCUGUGGGGGGCGGGGGCCUCAGCCAGGUGAGCGUUUGUCGGGUCCGAGGGGCCAGGCCCGAGGGGGGGGCCCGCCAGGGGCACUACGUCAUCCACGGGGAGCGCCUUCGGGACCAGAAAACCACCUUGGAGUGUACCCUGAGGCCAGGCUUGGUUUACAACAAGGUGAACCCCAUCUUCCAUCACUGGAGCCUGGGCGACUGCAAGUUUGGGCUGACGUUUCAGAGUCCCGCAGAAGCGGACGAGUUCCAGAAGAGCCUGCUGGCUGCACUGGCUGCACUGGGGCGAGGCUCGCUCACCCCCUCUUCCUCCUCCUCUUCCUCCUCCCCUUCCCAGGACACCGCAGAGACUCCCUGCCCUCUGACGUCCCAUGUGGACAGCGAGUCCUCCUCCAGUCACAGCCACCAGGAGACGCCUCCCACCGCCGCGGCGGCCACUAUCAUCACUGUGGAGUCAGCUUCUGGCUUCGGGCCGGCCACGUCCCCCCAGCGCCGGCGCUCCUCCGCUCAGAGCUACCCUCCGCUCCUACCGUUCACGGGGAUUCCGGAGCCCUCAGAGCCCCUGGCCGGGGUAGGGGGCCCGGGCUGGGGCGGCCGUGGCUAUGAGGAUUAUCGGCGCGCUGGGCCGCCCGCACCCCUCGCCCUGUCCACCUGCGUCGUGCGCUUCGCCAAGACCGGCGCGUUGAGGGGUGCAGCCCUGGGGCCUCCCACCGCGCUACCCGCCCCUCUCGCCGAGGCUGCGCCCCCAGCGCCCCCGGCUCGCCCACCACCCGGCCCCGGCCCUGCCCCUGCGCCGGCCAAGGCCUCCCCGGAGGCAGAGGAGGCGGCGCGCUGCGUGCACUGCCGUGCGCUCUUCCGCCGCCGAGCUGACGGGCGUGGUGGCCGCUGCGCGGAGGCCCCGGACCCGGGUCGCCUGCUGGUGCGCCGGCUCAGUUGCCUGUGGUGCGCCGAGAGCUUGCUCUACCACUGCCUGUCAGACGCCGAGGGCGACUUCUCGGACCCGUGCGCCUGCGAGCCGGGCCACCCGCGUCCCGCCGCGCGCUGGGCCGCGCUGGCCGCCCUCUCCCUGGCGGUGCCCUGCCUCUGCUGCUAUGCGCCCCUGCGCGCAUGCCACUGGGUCGCGGCACGAUGUGGCUGCGCUGGCUGUGGGGGUCGCCACGAGGAGGCGGCGCGGUGA